UCCCAUCCAACAUGCACCAGAUGGAAUCCAAAGCCAACUGUGAGGUCAACAUGGCAUCAGAACUCCCAGCCUACAAGUUUAUACCUACAGUUCCCAAGGACAGGAAGCAAAUAAUCUUCAUCUCUGUUAUCCUGGUGCUUCUGACCAUAGUCAUUACUGGAGCAAUUCUUAUUGGAAUUAACACAUCUCAAGAACACACUGAAAAGAUCAUUAGAACCCUUAGCAAUGGAGCCCACGGUGAAGUGGUAGAGCAAACGGUGAUGGUGAAUCAGCAGGACAGUGUGGCUGCUUUUCACAUCCAAAGCAAUAAAACAUCAGCUACGGUUGUCUAUGACUAUUAUCAUAAACUGAUUGGCUUCCGAAUUCACAACAAAAGAAAAUGUUCAGUGGUGUCCAUGGAUUUGGUUGCUGUUCCGAGCCUAGAUGAAGUCACUCAGAAAAUUGAGCACUUUGGUCAACAGGUCCCAGGAGACGACACCUUGAGCUACAGCUUCAAAAAAGGGAAAAUGGCUGAUCGGACCACUCUUGGAACCACCAUUAACAUCCUCUGUAGUGACCUCCCUGUAUACUGGGCAGAGAAAAGUCACAAAGAGCAACGGAAAGGACCGCUACCUUGUCUAGGAAUUUUGAUUAUUCAAAUCUGCUUGACACUAUUUUAAAGCCACUCAA